AUGAAUAUAACUUAUUGGGCUAUGGCAUUAUUAAGUACAACAUUAAGUGAAGAUGGUUUUACUGGUUAUUUCUUAUCUGGUUUCAUUGAAAUACCUGGUGCUUUGUUAGGUGUAAUGUUAUUAUUUAAGUUUGGAAGACGUACCGUUACAGUAUGGUCAUUCACAGUGCAAUGUACUGGAACAAUACAAACAGCACUAGCCGUAAUAGCUAAAUUUUUCAACACUUUUAUUUGGGUCGCACAACCAUUAAUGCUUGCUGAAAUGAGUCCGACAACAGUACGCAAUAUAUUCUGUGGAACGGUAUCAUUCUUUGGUGUCAUUGGUGCUGUUAUUGCACCUUACUUACCUUUACUUAAAACUAUCAGUCCAGAAGCGCCAAAAGUGACAGUAUCGAUAGUUUCUCUGGCAGCAGCAAUAGUUCUACUGACAGCACCUGAGACAAAGGAUCUUCCGAUGCCAGAAGAUGUAAAUGACUUCGAUCCAGGACGCUUCCUACAACUGUUCGGAUAUCAGAAACAAAGAAAGCAAAGUGUUUUUAUGGCAGCUGAGAAUGCAGCAAUCUUCGAAGAAUGGACAACGGUUUGUUUAUCAUUACUAGCCUUCCUCGUCUUGAAAGUGAUAAUCCAAGAUGUUUAUUGUUUUUUCUCUUAA